UUAAGUGACUUCCGGUAUAACCGGUGCUCUGGGAAGUGAACACUUGUCCUCUAUCAAUGUGUUUCCACAAUGUCCCUGUAUGAUGGAAUUGACAACAAAGAAGGUGGAGAUACUGCUGCAGACGUUGUCUCUGGUUGGUCUUCUGCCUACAAAUUAUUACAUUCUCAGUUACAAGCUAAGAAAGUAGCCUCUCUUCAAAACAAGCGACAGAAACAGACACCGACUAUGGCACCUGUUGUGGACCUAAAAAGACACGCUGACCUUACUGAUCAACCUCUACAUUUUAACCAACAGACUGGUCGCUUAGAACGAGGCCCUCCUGCUUCCUUGGGGAGCUCACCGUUUAUAGCAUCAGAACCUGUUCCAUCACUAACAGGGGUCACAGACGAGUAUGAUCCUUUAAGACCCAACGAAUAUGAAGAAAUUGUGAAAAAGAGAAGGGAACAGAGACAGAAGGAGCGUGAGGAAGAAAAAAUAAAGAAAGAUAAAGACCGUGAUGAAAGUGUUACUUUGCCAAGCCGAGGAACACCAACCUGGCCAGAACCUCCACCACCACCUCCGCCUCCUAUUGUUAACACACCAGAACCAACCAGUGAAAUGGAGCGGGGAAGGAGACGAGAGGAGGAGAACGAGGAAGAAGAGGAAUAUGAAAAACCCAAACGUCCUGCCUCUGGAGUGGCCAUACCUCCACCCAUAUCCCUUAUUGAAGAAGACACAGUAGCUAAUCCAGAAGAAACGCCAGAAGCCACACCAAACAGUGAGAGAGCGUCAUCACCGCCACCAUUAGGAUUCAGCAUAGGACUUGGUGGUUCUGUUGCUUCCAAGAUUAUGGCUAAAUACGGUUAUAAAGAAGGACAAGGCUUAGGUAAACAAGAACAAGGUAUGAGCACGGCCUUGUUUGUGGAGAAAACCAGCAAACGUGGUGGUAAAAUCAUUCAUGAAAAGGACAUGCAGAAAGAUCCACCUCGGGAUAUGACAGUUACCAAUUCCAACUUACUGAAACACCCAUCAAAAGUGAUAUUGUUGCGGAAUAUGGUUGGGUCUGGUGAAGUUGACGAUGAUUUAGAGCCAGAAACUGCUGAGGAAUGUGCCAAAUAUGGUAAAGUGGUCAAAUGCUUGAUAUUUGAGAUACCCGGGUGUGAUGAUGAAGAAGCAGUUCGUAUAUUUGUUGAAUUCGAAAGAGUCGAGUCAGCCAUAAAAGCUGUUGUUGACUUGAAUGGUCGAUAUUUUGGUGGACGUGUCGUCAAAGCCAGUUUUUAUAACCUUGACAAAUUUCGACAGUAUGAUCUUGCCGAAGAACAAGAGUUUUGAAGUUUGGGGAUUCAAUCGGUUAAGUAUUCAAUCCCAUAACAUCCGGCCUCAUUUGGAACAUUGAGGAAGGCGAAUAAAAUGAAGAGACCACAAGAAGAACAGAUGGAAAGAAAAACAAAAAAAAGAAAAUCCAAUGAAAGACAAAAAAAAAAGGG